AUGACAGACGUAACAGGCAACGUGUCAUGGUGUGUGCCUGACGUGGAUCUGAUGUUUGAGUGCAAUGAUUGGCCGCUGGUGGAGAGAGCUGUCCAUGCAGCUGCCGCCCACCCCCCGCCGCUGUUGCUCAAGUACUGUAGCACGGCCCGGCACAUGGACGUGGUGUGGCCUGAUUGGUCCUUCUGGGGCUGGCCUGAAGUGCGAAUCUGGGAGUGGGAAACGGCAAGGAAGCUGAUCAAAGAAGGCACAGGUUUGAUUCCCUGGAGGGACAGAAUCCCACGUGCUCACUGGAAAGGCGCCACGUGGGUUGCCCCGGACCUCAGGGGUCCUCUGGUCAGCUGUAGCAGUCAGGGGGGAGGGGAAGGAGGGGAAGAUAGCGAAGAGGGUGCUGGCGGAGGCGGUGGUAAGGAAGGGGGGAUGGUGGGGGAGGAUGCGAAAGGUCAGGGGAGUGAGGGGAAGGAGGCAGAGAGGGAUUGGGGAGUGGAUGCGUGGGAUACGAACUGGGUGCAUGAGAUUGCAGAGGAGACUACACGAUUGGAGAAUCAGUGCACGCACAGGUGGGUUGAUGGCAGCACAGGUGGGUUGAUGGCAGCACAGGUGGGUUGA